GUUAACGCAAGGCGGUGGAUGAGGGUGGGGGUUGUUGUGUAGUUUCCUGUCGAGUCGACAAGCCAAACGCCGAAACUAUGUGGUUUUUAAUAUUUCUGCUGGCUAUCGCCUCAUGUCACGCUUCACCCGCAUCUCUGGAAGUUGUCAAUGAUGAUGAACUGGUCAACCUAUUCCGCUCAGAGAAAUAUGUCGUCGUUUUGUUCACCAAAAAGGACUGUGAACCAUGCGAGGUGCUUGAAAAGGAGCUGACCGCUCUCCGAGAAGAUCUAGUCGAUGCUCUGAAUGCUUGGGUUGUGAAGGCUGUCUCAAGCAGUAUGGUCAAACUGUACAGUCCAACGAAGGAGCCAGCGUUAGUCUUCUUUAGGCAUGGAGUUCCAUUGCUUUAUGAUGGCCCAGUAAAUGACGAGCUGAUCUUGCAUACAUUCUCUGACAACAGAGAACCAGUUGUUAAGGAACUCAAUGAUGAUACUUUUGAACACCUUACUCAGGCUGCAACUGGUGCCACCACUGGUGAUUGGCUUGUCAUGUUCUACACUGACAACUGUGUGGACUGUCAGCGUCUUCAGGCAAGGUGGGAAGCUGUUGGUGCUAAACUGAAAACCCGCAUGAAUGUCGCUCGCGUUAACAAGGGCACUACUGGCGCAGUCACUGGUCGUCGUUUUGGUGUCCAAGAAGUUCCUACUUUUAUUUUAUUCCGGCAAGGUAGAAUGUAUCGAUACCAGCUUCAAAAAUAUGAUGUUGCAUCUUUUACUAAUUUUGCAACAGACUGGUACAAAAAUGCAAAGGCUGAAAAAAUUCCCACUCCAAAGUCACCUUUUGAUGACUUCACACAAAUGCUUGCUGAUUAUCUGAGGGAAAAUACAUGGAUAUUCUGGCUUGGUCUGAGUAGCUUUUGUAUCGGUUUAAUUUUCUCUCUUCUCCAAAGACGUAAACAGGGUGCAGUUAGUAAGCCUAAAUCUUCUGAGAGCAAGGCCUCUAAUGAAAGCAAGACCUCCAAGGAUUCUAGUAAAAAGAGCAAGUGAUUUGACUCUUUGUUUUCAAGUGGACUCAAGGAUUUUCUUUCAAUUGGUUGUGUUUUGUGACUAUUUUUUACUUCUUUUUUUCCAUAUGCUCUCAAAAGAGGGGUCACACAUGUCUUAACAAAUAUUUUGUGUCAUAUCCUGUGAGGAAUUUGGUAGUUCAUGUGUAGUCAAAUCAUUAUCACCAAAACCCUCCAUGAAUGUUGAAACAACAGUCUAUUUCACAUUGGGGUCUGUUUUCAAAAUGCUUUACAGUACAUUCCACAGCUAAUUAAAUGAACUUAAUACUUCCGAGGACCAAGACAUCCUCUACUUUUAAGACUGACUUUUCAUGAAAGAAACCAGCCUAAUUUUGUGUAAGCACAUGUAUUUUGAGGCAUUUUGUCUUUGUUCUAUCUACUAUCCUGAUGUUGAUCAUCAUGUAAAUGCCAUGGUAUUCUGUUUUGUGUUAAAUUUUCCUAUUUUGGGUUAUGUGAAUGUCUUAGUUGUUUCUGUCCUGGGAUUUUUUAAAAAUCCUGUGUAGCACUUACUGCUUUCCACCUAGUAAUAAUAUUAAUGUUGCAAUUAGGAGCUAAGGCUUUUCACCUUUAAUAAGCACUAAUGGGGAAGAAUUUUCACUUUUUUGGCAAAUUCAUUUUUAUUUGUGCUGUAAUAAAUGUACAUAACAUUGUUGA